ACGACAGCGGCAGCAACAACGAAAUCUUGCACCCGUGUUGGCAAGUAUGAACUUGGAAGGACCAUUGGCGAGGGAAGCUUUGCGAAGGUCAAAAUUGCAAGAAACGUUGAUAAUGGCCAAAGUGCAGCCAUUAAGAUCCUCGUCAAAAACCAGAUUGUGAAACAUCCUAGGAUGAUGGAACAGCUGAAGAAGGAAAUCUCUACGAUGAAGAUGGUCCAACAUCCCAACGUUAUCAAAAUUUAUGAGGUGAUGGCAAGCAAAACAAAGAUUUACAUUGUCUUAGAGUUGAUCAAGGGAGGAGAACUAUUUGACAAAAUUGCCAGAAAAGGGAGACUAGAAGAAAAUGAAGCAAGAAGCUAUUUUCAUCAAUUAAUCAAUGCAGUUGAUUAUUGCCACAGUAGAGGAGUUUAUCAUAGAGAUUUGAAGCCUGAAAAUCUUCUUCUGGACAAACAUGAUAUUCUUAGAGUUUCAGAUUUUGGAUUGAGCACAUUCGUACAGCGAGAGGAUAAACUUCUGCACACUACCUGCGGAACCCCUAAUUAUGUUGCACCUGAGGUGAUCCAUAAUGGAGGUUAUGAUGGUUCUGCAGCUGAUAUAUGGUCUUGUGGAGUCAUUCUCUUUGUACUCAUUGCUGGAUACUUGCCUUUUGAUGAACCAAAUCAAAUUGCACUCUUCAGAAAAAUUGAAAAGGCUGAGUAUGUUUUUCCACCGUGGUUUUCCAAGGAGGCAAAGAAACUACUAAGUCGCAUUCUUGAUCCAAACCCUCUCACAAGGAUAAAAAUUUCAGAAAUAUUACAAGAUGAAUGGUUUAGAAAAGGAUACAAACCACCAAUAUUUAAAGAGGAAGAAGAAAUAAAUACAGACGAUGUGACUGCUGCUUUUGAUGAUUCCAGGGAAAAUCUGGUGACAGAGACAAAAGAGAAACCGGCCUCACUGAACGCUUUUGAGCUCAUUUCAAGAUCAAAGACCUUUAACCUUGAAAGUAUGUUUGAGCAGAAAUCACUAGGAAUGGUAAAGAGAGAAACACAUUUUACCUCACAGUGCCCUCCAAAUGAAAUUAUGUCUAAAAUUGAGGAAGCUGCCAAGCCUCUUGGAUUCAAUGUUCACAAGCACAAUUAUAAGAUGAAGUUGCAAGGUGAUAAGAGUGGAAGGAAGGGUCACCUUUCAGUGGCUACUGAGGUUUUCGAGGUAGCACCCUCCUUGCACGUGGUGGAAUUGCGAAAAACAGGGGGAGAUACAUUGGAGUUUCACAAGUUCUACAAAAGCUUUUCAUCAGGGUUGCAAGACAUAGUGUGGCAUUCUGAAGAGAACAAAAUUGACGAGGAAUGA